GGCGGAGGGGCGGCGGGCGGCGGCGGGGCGGCCGGGGGCUCGGCCUCCGCAUCGGGGCCCGGGGCCGCCGACCCGGCCUCGCUGCCGCCCGGGGACGCGCAGCUCAUCGCCAUCAUCGUGGAGCAGCUCAAGAGCCGCGGCCUCUUCGACGGCUUCCGCAGGGACUGCCUGGCCGACGUGGACACCAAGCCAGCCUAUCAAAAUUUGAGGCAGAAGGUGGACAACUUUGUAUCGACCCACCUGGACAAACAGGAAUGGAAUCCAACAAUGAACAAAAACCAGUUACGAAAUGGGCUCAGACAGAGUGUGAUUCAGUCAGGAAUGCUGGAAGCUGGAGUGGACAGAAUUAUUUCUCAGGUGGUGGAUCCAAAACUGAACCACAUCUUCAGGCCCCAGAUAGAGAGGGCGAUUCAUGAAUUUUUGGCUGCACAAAAGAAAGAGGAAAGUGUGCCAGCUCCUCCUCCGGAGCCCGAGAAUAAGGAUCCUCCUGCUCCAUCUCAGGAUGCCUCCUAAAGUGAGUUCCUGAUACUAAGCAGCUGCAGUUGCAAAAUAUACAUCCUGUUAGAUUGGCAAUGGAUUGCUUGUUCCAUUUGUUACAGGAUCUGCCAAAGAUGAUCCACAUUUAUCAGAGCUGUCAGAAGGCACUGAAAUUCAGAUGGACCCGGAGUUCUGCGUGUGGAGGGACAGCCGAAUUGCGAAGAUAUUUUUGCUGUUAACAGCAAUACAGAGAGCAGCAUGUAUUCUUAUUAAUCAUGCCUUCAGGCAGGGGGGCGGGAUGAAAAAUGAAAUUGGAUCUUAUUUGGAAGGAAUAGGGAAGUGGUUUGAGAUACUAGACUUGGGAACAGAGAAAAAAGAUGUUCGGGGUAGUGGGGUAGCCUCUUGGAGGCCACAUAAGAGUUGUAAGAUUUUCUUUGAUACAGGCCCAAUGUGAAGAAGCAUCACACACCUCUGCUGUGUAAUGCAGUAGCAAGCAGUAGGUGCUAGGUCAGGUGUAACUCAUUGCACUGUUUGCUCUAGAAAGACAUAUUUCCUGUUUAGAACUGGAAAGAACACUUCAGGAUCAAUUAUCCCAAUAAUUUCUGUUUCAUUGCAGGAGAAUGUUUACAGUUAGCUAUGACUAUAGCUGAUUUAAUUCUUAUUUCCCAGGUAACUCUGGGAAACAAAGGGCACCGGAGUAGGUGGUCAGUUUGAAACUUGUCUCUUUCAACUUGAAAGACUUUUCUUUCCCGUGAAAUUUCUCAGGUGCCUAGUGGAAACUGCCCUAUGCUUUCAGCUUGAAUGCAUGCAGUGUCCUCUGGAUGACAGUCAAAUAGGGAAUGUGAUCAAGUAUACUGCCAGCAAAUGUCUAUACCUUUUGCAAUAAAAAACUUCAAAAAGAA